CGACUGCGGGCGCAAGUGCGCGAACGCGUUCGUGGUGCGCGAUCCGUGCGCGAGAGGCGAGAUCGAUUUCAGCCGCUAUCAAUCUAAACACAGUGUUCGAUCCGAACGUUCCGCCGAUUUUUCGCGAGGUCGACGUUGGUGCUCGUGGGAAAGUGCGCGCAUCGGCGAACGGCUGCACGUGAUGUUUCUCACCCGUGCACCAGCAGGAUUUAUCCUGAAAUCUAUCUGAAAACGCCAAACGUUGUAAAGUGACGUGUGGACCGUUAUGUGGAUGAAAACGCGUUCAGGGAGUACCUCGCCUUGCGCGUAAACGUGGAAUAAAUUCAAAAUGACGCCAUGGCUGAUGGCAUUCUUCUGUCUGGUGACUGCCGGCUGCACCAACGUCACGGACCAGCAAACAUCGGAAACGCAGCAUGAUCAUCAAGUGGCGAUCUUGAAACAAAUCAGAAAGGUGAACGAAGACGGUUCUUACACAUAUGGCUACGAGGCCGGCGACGGAUCGUUCAAGGUCGAGAGUCGCGAUGUUCUGGGCAACAUAAAGGGCACAUUCGGCUUCGUGGACGCCGAUGGCGAAAUAAAGAGAGUCUCGUACUCCUCGUCGAACGGGACGGGCUUUAAAGCGACCACCGUGUCACCGUUGCAGGAACACGUGUCGGUCGUGCAGAGCAUACCGCGUGUCAACCGCACGGUAACGAGCACGAAGAAGCCGAGCAUCGUGUACGCCACGACGACGACGGAGACGCCGACCAAGUCGUCGGUCGUACAGUCGAUUCCUCGGACGAGGAAAACGACCACCAGUACCACCACGACGACAACAAGCACCACCACUACGGAGGCCCCGAAGACGAUAUUCGGGCAUUACUUGAAAGGCACGCCGAAGAGCAGACCUCGUUUCAUCAUCAACGGCCAGCAGAGGCCGAUCGUGGUGGACGAAGGCAUCGAAGACGAGGACUCCCAAAUCAAUCGACCCACCACAGACGACAAGAGCGGUGUUUACCGAAGAAUCGUCUUCGCAAAGCGGCCGAUCGAGCACAGCCUCCCGCCUAUCUCCGAAGACUUCGUAGAUAAAGAGGACGAGGCUAAAAUCACGACGGGGAACACCUUAAGGAGGCAACUACACGACGAGACUACUAAGCCAAACUCGGCAACGGAUAAUAGCGACGAUCACUCCGAUGUCUACGGAGGUUCCUUAUCCACGACGCGUCCCCUGUUCACCACGUCUUCUCCGAACAGGAUUUUGCAGAGAAUCCCUGUGACUUCGCGACCAAAGAUCUACAUCAAUCGGGACAAUCUAGGGCCAAACCGAUUCGACAACUCCAAGUAUGAGGGAUCUCCUCGGAUCUUCGAGACAGAGACGAAGCCCACUCAGGACGAUCGCGCGCCAACCCAGCAAGUCCUGCUUCGCCCUUCCACGAGAUUGCCCGGUGAAAACCGAGACUAUGUCCGACAGAGCACCGAACCGGUCUACGUGAGGCAGCAACCCGAGCAGUACCUGCGAGAACUACCGUCCAGAAUACUCGUGUCGUCCCAGCAGAGCAGCAUCGAGGAGGACGGAGGAGGUGUCUACAGGACGAUACCGAUCGGCAGGAUUCUGUUUCGACAUCCCCCGAAUCAACAACCGGGCUCGGUCUAUUCGACCACGACAGAUCCUAACAUCCACUACCUGACGGAAAACCCCGGCGUGGUCGAUCACGAGGACGAGGCGCGGGUCGCGAUGAACGCAAAUUACAUGCGAUCGCGUCCGGUAAUGCGACCGUUGCUCUACCAAGAACCCGAGCAGAGGCGGCCGAUCCUGCGCCCAGUUCCGAAUCCAGUAGUCCAUCCCGAUGAGAGAGACUACCAGCCGACCACACCCGAAUAUCCUUACCGUCCCAACCACGGACUGGCGCUACCUCCAGAGUCACCGAAUCCCAUCGCACCGCCUCUGAGCCGACGCGACUUCCAAAUGCUACUGAGGAGGCUGCUGGUCAGUCAAUAUGGCGUGCAAGCUUUGUCCUACCCGAAGAGCUACCUCGAGGACGCUUUGUACGAUCAGCAACCGUAUCCCUCGUACCCGGCAGGCUAUCAGGCGCCACUUCCCAGACCCGAUUUGGCGUUUGAUCAACAGGUGCAAUAUGGCGAACGAGUACCCCUCAGACGGCCGGUGUACCCCAGAGCUCUGAACCCGCUCUAUCAUCAGUACGACGACUACCACGACGGGAGGUACUCCAAGAGAGUCUACAGACAGAAAUUCUACACGCAGGACAUAACCGACGACGGCGACGAGAUCCUGCCGGCACCGAUCAGGGAAGCAUUGCUAUUGAGAAUGGUGAACCUAGCGAUCAACGCCGAACGAACGACGAUAAUGCCGACUACCAUGGUAACCAGCACCACGACGCCGUCCUCGAGCUACAGGAAAACGGGUCCGGUGAGAAGCGUGCAGAUCAUCACGAACGACGCCGAGGAGGAGAAAGACAUGAUGAGGAAGAAGAUGUAACGAAGGCCGAAGCGGCUAGGAGUAGUUAGGGAUUCCUAACGAAGAAGUAUUUUACUCGCUGCAAGUAAAUUAUGAGUUAAAUUAUUGUAGAGUUUUUGUUCCUGUGCUCUCUUUCACCGCAGCCAUCUUGAUCAAUGAUGUCAGAAUAGCGAAAAUAUAUGUGCCCAAAGUUCUUGCGAAAUACAUUGGAAUAAAAGAUAUAUCCAUAAAGUGUCACUUGAGAUCGACUGAGCAAGUUUGCAAAAUAUUCCGGAGACUUUGCCUUUACUCUAAUUAAUAAAUAGCUGAAAAACUAACGUGACGAGGUCAUGAGAAAAGGAGGAUUGUUAAUUUCGAGGAAAAGGAAAGUUUUCGGAAAGUUUCACAAAUAUGGUCAAUCGACCGCAAGUAUCAUUUUGAGCAUAUCUUCUUAUUUCAAUGUAAUUCGCCAGAAUUUUGGGCAUGCAUUUUCUCACUUCUGACGUCAUCAAGCAAGAAUUCCGCGACCAGGGGAUCAGGAGCCUCAGCUAGAUGUAACUCGACAAUUUGCAUCGCGACACGGCUUUUCACAAAACGCGCAAGGUCUGACGAGGCAAACCGCGAAUUAGCGUCUCGCAAUAUUUCGGGACAUCGCCGUCGUUAGAUACGCUCCUUUUUAAAGUUAGAAAUUAGAUGACUGCUUGAUCCAAGCAGAUAUUCAAGUUUUGUUAAGAGAAAGAGCCGAUUCCAAAGGUUAAGAGAUGACCUCACACUUAAAUAUACGUGGUCCAUGAUUUGUUAGUGCUAAGUAUACUGGAACGCCGUCAAACCCUCGUAGUAAUGUACUUUAGGCGUGACAAAGCGGCUUACGUCAACGGCAGCGAUUUUUCUUGCGGAGAACGAACGGAUAUAUACACGUCCGUCCGCGAAGACCACCGCGCACGCAACGGACGCAUUCGUGUCGUUAAUGAAUCGAAUCGGUUUCACGAAAGGGAAAUCGCCGCUGCGCAGCUCGGCCGAUUUUCUGCACGUUAACUUUCCAGCGCCUGCCGACGCGCACAUUUAUCAUUCGUCGUCGCAUAAUUUAUAUCUACCAAAGUAGACGCAUCAGUGUAUGGCCGAUUGAGAGAAAUAGACAAUGGAAUUUCUUUUCUCUCUUGCAGAAAAAUAAUCUUCACUCAUAUAUUUACCCUCUAGCUAUCGCGUAAAGUUAAUUCCUGCUACUCUGUUCCGUGUUGAAAUCAUCUCAUCUCAUUUAUAAAAUUAAUAAUAAUAGAAUAAAAGGAAGUGUAACGUUGAAAUCACCGGUAAAUGAUUAACCUAGGGGUUAGGUUAAUCAAUAGCUUACAUUAACAACUUAUAUUAACAACAUUAACAACUUCGGUAAAACAGCUUAAAAUGUGUAGUACAAUUACAUCACGAUAAUCAUAUAAAGAUGUUACAUUUCUCCAAUUCUGGAGAAAUAUAUUUACGUUGCUUUUGAGGCCCCUCGUCGCGGCAAUCUCGAUUGAUGACGUCAGAAGCGAGAAAAUGUGUGUCCAAAAUUCAUGCGAAAUACACUGAAACAAAAGGAUAUAUCCAUAAAGCUGUGACCGAUCAAGCAUAUUUGUAGAAUAUUCCGAAAACUUUCCUUUUGUCCUAACAAUCAAUAAAUAAUCGUAGGAAUUACGUGACAUGCAACCUUUCUAUUCAGCCUACCGACUCUCAUGAUUUUUCUCACGUGAUUUCUGCGGUUAUUUAUUGAUCGUUGGAAUUAAAAGGUUUUGGAAUAUUAUAUUAUAGAUAUGCUCAAUCGAUUACAAGUGUCAUCUUAUAGACAUAACUUUCUAUUUCGGCCUAUUCUGCAAGAUUUUUGGUUUUCUCGCUUGCGGCGUCAUUAAUCAAGAUAGGCGCAGCGAGGACGCAGCAGCCUUAAUUGCACUGAGAAACAAAGAGGUGCAGCAAACAUUCGCUAGCAAAAAAUCUGUCAUUGAUGCAUCUAUCCUUGCUGACUAUCUGGGAGAGAUCCCGCGGGACAUCGGUCUCCGUUGAGUCGCAGGACACCGCCUGCGAAAGCCCUAGCCUCGUAGGCACCGCUAGCGUACUCCACUCUUACGACUGUAAAUACGCUAUGUUACGUAAACGACUAGUGUGAUAUAUACGCAUCGAAAUAAAGAAAGAGUCGGACGGUA